AUGCCGAAUGAACUUAUUUCGAGCCUUGGUCUCGACCUCUCUACCUAUGCAGACUAUGGCCGACAGUGCGGUCCACAUGAUGCAGACGUUUGCGACAAAACGUAUCCUGGUGCAGACCAUGCGAUGUGGUGUUGCACAUCGUGGUGUUGGGUCUCUGAGUCUUGUCCAACAGCACGUGCUUCGACUGUGUGGCAAGGUCACUACUGGAGCCAGGAGAGAUGCAGCUUGAACGCAGAAGCUGUGUCUGCCUGCAAGUGGGAGUCCCUUUGUGAGUGUCGAGGGCAACUGCCAGAUGGCACUUUUGAUGGAAAAGGGAACUUUGCUGCAGACUAUGGAAGCAGUUGCUCAUCAUGGGAUGCAGUGGGUUGCCAGACAGUGUGGGGAAGUAAUUCGAAUUGGGGCGCCACCUCGGCUGACAAUGAGUGGUGUUGUGAUUCCUGGUGUUAUGUCAACAGCAGCUGCCCCAUUGCAAAGAAGUCCUGGCUUGGCACUGGUUAUUCCUUCAGCUAUGAGACUUGUGAUGAUGGACCGGAAACUUACAACCUCGCCACGGAUACCUGUGAUGCAGCACGCCGGCUUUCCGCCCGUCGUCGUGGAGGUGGAGGAGGCUGGAGCUCGUAUUCAUCACCAAGGCGGAGAGCUCCCUCAGCACCUGCCUCAUAUCCACGGCGACGAUCAUAUUCGGCACCCACCUCAUAUUCUGCUUGA